AUGUCAACAAUCAAGACGAAAGUGAUCGUCAUUUCCGACACACAUGGCAAGUGCUUCCCCCAUGGCGAGACGCUAACACAACAAGUCGACGUGGUCAUCCACUGCGGCGACCUCACACAACACUCCAAACUCGACGAAUUCCGGCAGACAUUAUCCCUUCUGCGGUCCUUCAACGCGCCACUGAAGAUUGCCAUUGCCGGCAACCAUGAUUUCUCUCUCGACCCAGUCGCGUUCCCGGCAAAGCUCGUUGAAGCCUACAAGAUCGAUCCCGCUCUUGAAAAUGACCAGGAACUCGUCACCAAGGAAUUCGGAACCCCCGGCGAGGCCAGGAAGCUCUUGGACGACGCUGCACAAGACGGAGUCGUCUUUCUCGACGAGGGAAACCACUACUUCACCCUCGAUAACGGUGCUGCCCUCAAUAUAUACGCCAGCCCGUACACCCCAUUCACGGAGCCAUGGGGCUUCACCUAUAACCCCGAGAGUCACCACGCCUUCGACAUCGACCCCGAGGUCGAUAUUGUCAUCACACACGGGCCACCUCGCGGCAUCAUGGACAUCACAGCAGACAGGAGACGGAUCGGCUGCCCGCAGCUGUUCGCGGCGGUUGCGCGCGCGAGGCCAAAGAUGCACUGCUUCGGCCACGUCCACGGCGGCUGGGGCGCCAAGCUCGCCAGCUGGCGGCCAGAGAUCUCCGAGCAUCCUUCUCACUUUGCCGACAUCGACAACGGCAAGUCCCGGUUCAUCGCCAACCUGGCCAGGCUUUGCGGGAGCGACUUCGAGACCGCGGGGGAGCGGGCGCGGAAGAACGAGAUUGCGCGCAGCGAGGCGAGGGGGUGCUUCGAGGUGUCAUGCGAAGAGAUCAAGCUCGACAGCUCCAGAGCAGCAGAGGCAGCGGGAGGCCAAGCCGCCGUGGAGGAGAGCACCCUGUUUGUCAAUGCGGCGCUCGAGUCCGGUGGCGAGCUUAGACAUCUGCCGUGGCUGAUCGAGAUUGACUUGCCCCGACGAUCCGCGUCUCGAAAUCACAAGGUGGCAGGCGAGAAACCCGACAGCAAACGCAAAAGAAGCCCUUCCGUCUCAAGCGCGAAAGAAAAUGUGGAGAGUGGCAGCGUCGAUGGCCACACACAAGGGAAACGCGGCUGGUGGACUUGA